AUGAAGAUAUAUCUUCCUGGAACUGUUAGACAGUUGGAAACAUUGCCGAUUAUUACAGAGGACGGAUCCCAAUUGGGUAACAAACGGAAAUUUCACCGACUUUUUUGGGCAUUUGAACCGUGUAUCCGUGGUUUUACUCACUGUAAACCAAUUGUGCAAAUUGACGGAACCUGGUUGUACGACAAGUACAAAGGGACUUUGUUGAUGGAUGUGGCACAAGAUGGAAAUGGUAACAUUUUCCCGAUAGCAUUCGCAUUGGUUGAAGGAGAGACAAAGGAUGGUUGGAGUUUCUUUCUCAGGAAUUUGAGAAUGAACAUGACCCCCCAGGCCAAUCUUUGUCUAAUAUCUGACCGACAUCCAUCAAUCAAGAGUGCUUAUGAUGAUCCUAAAAAUGGGUGGUAG